AUGCCUGAGUCCCCAGAGCCCUCAGGCCAGAUAAACUCCCUUCGACGCUCCCUCACCCUUCCCACCAAGUUAAACCCUCACGCGCAACGACGCUCGAGCGUCCCGAACACCCCCGAAAAUGUGAUCUUCUAUCAUCCGUCUGCGAAAAUCGUUCACUUUGCCCCCAGGGCGCUCGCCCCUAUUCCCUCUAGCUCAUCGCCAUCGGACUUCGACUACCCUGUUGACACUAUCGAAACACUCCCCUGGCGCUCCGCUACAGAGCGAACGGUCGCAACUGCGCCACUGAGACUAGAGAAAGUUCACGGCCUUACAGCGUUCCUCAAAUGUGGAAAUGUUGUUCAUGCAAUCCUGAAGAACUCCCAGUGCUGGUGUGUGGACGGCGUCUCGAAAUUUGUUUUGCGCAUUCGCCCUCUUACAUAUUAUCGCAUCGAAAUACCAUACGAAACCGAAGACGAUCAGAGUUUGGUCGCGGACCUGAAAGUUGCGCUGCCAACAGUGCUUCGAUAUGAGGUUACCCCAUGUCCUUUCAAACGCGCGUUCACUGUUGAGCUCCCCAAUGAUGCGAUGGCACCUCGGCGCAAGAAGGCUUGGCGGCCAAAAGACCAGCCCAGAGACCGCAAAGAAGGUGUACCCACCAUCUUAGAGUCCCCGCAAGAGACACCAUCACCUUCCUCCCUCAGAUCGGAAUGGAUUGACUCGACGAGCACUGGAGAAGACACCGAUGGCAACUGCACAGAUGACAGCGGAUUCACCUCGCAUAAGGCUAGUAGCACCAUUCUGGAGACCAUUCCCGAUGAUCGUGAACCGUCCCCUGUUGAUACGCUGGACCCUCCCAGGUAUCUUGGGCCUUCUAGGCGCUCGGUGACUGAAACAACGCAGACUUUCACCAGCCUGCUUGCAAAAUUCGAGGCUACAUCAGUUUCAGAUGAUGAAAUUGACUCCGGGUCUGAGCGAAAGACCGAAGAUGUGUCCAGUGUUGAGGUUACGCCGCAACCAGUUACCGAAUCAAAAUUAUUCUCUGCCAACGUUGAACCUGAACCUCAAGUCGCGGGGAAUUCUGAAGCCGAGCAUGAAUCAGCAUCUGAACAAGAAGCGAUAUCUCCACUGGCAGUAGAAACAAAGGCUGAGGAUUCGCAUAAAGUUACGGAAGCCCCGCCUACAAUUCAUGACGAGCUUGAGCCUGAAAUUGUGUCUCAUGUUGAAUCCACACACACAGUCCAGCCCGAAGCAGUGUUGGCAGUGAAGCCAACAGUGAGAGUCGAAAUUCAAUCCGCCCAUGAAGACACCCAAGAUGUUGAUCAUGAUGUCUCUUUCGCGUCCAGUCCUGAGUCGUUUCAUUCAGUUGAGCCCGGCUCGCCAGAUUCAGUCUCCACUCGUCCUACGUCCGCGGGAGGUCAUGACCUCCCAGAGCAAAGCUAUAUGUUUGAUUGGCCAAAUGCGAAUGAAACAAUCUCGCAUAUGGAAGCUGCGGAUUUAAGUCCUUGCAACAAACCACAGUCCUCGGCCAGCAAUAGCUUGCCAAGUGAUGCACCGAAAGUCAACGCAGCAUCUGCCCAGCAUCCGCUCGACCACACAAACAAAGAUACUUCAAAGCGCUCUACAGAUGCAUUCUCAGACACCAAGAUAUCAGACACCAAGACUCGCUCACGGCCUGCCAGUCGGCCUCCUGCUCCUAAUACCGAUUUCGACCACAUGAGCUUCGAGUUCCGCCGACGCGCAAGGGCCACAAGAGAACGCGAUGUCUCGCCUAUGCCUCCCUCGUCGGCUCUAUACCGACCGUCACAGGGCGACGAUGCCACGUCGUUCCUCUCCAAGGCUCUCACUCUAGUUUUGGUUCCGCCGGUCCACCUUUUUAUUAUUCUCAUUCACAUUGCUGCGCGCAUUGUCAUCAACCCAAAUAUCAACACCAGCCCACGUGAACCCUUAACUAAUACCCGGAAAACCGGCACCGAGUCACCUCCAGUGGAUGAUUUCAGUUUUCCGUUGGAGCCUCAAGUAUCUUCGGAGUACGAGGAUGCUGAGAUCACCCGCAAACUGGACCCCUGGGACUUGGACUAG